GGUUUUUGCACAACCGUUAACACUCCCAAGCACACAUUUUUCAUUCUUCCUCUAAUUGGCUACGGAAGAAACUUUCACAAUGGUUUACACACUCACCGUCCACCUAUACGCCAACGAGCACCCCGACUCCAUUGCACGCAUCAAGACCAAAUUGAUUGAGGCUGCACGAAUCUACAGGAAGGACAAAGAGACCAUUGAUUGGCUUGUUAUGCAAGACGUCCAUGAUCCGCGAGCCUUUACAAUUGUUGAGCGUUUCGAGAACGAGUCCAGUCAAAAAUACCACCUUGAAAACCCCUACUGGAAGACCUUCGAUCCAUACGUCGUUCCGCUGCUCGACAAGAAGAUGGAUCUUCGCAGACAUGAGGAGUUGGAUACGAGUAAAGACGUCGAGGUCCCCGUUUAAGAACAGGAAGGUUGACGACAAGACGUUUCAAAGUCAUGGGAAUUGACAGAUUAUUGAUGCUAUUUGGAUAAGGUCAGCUUAUAGUUAGGAGGCCUAGUGAUUUAAAUCGGAAUCCAUCCGUCUGCUGCUCUUUAGUUCCAAUGCGGGGUGUGAGGGAAGUCAACUGAAUUUUACGGAGACUUUGUUGAAACAAAAUUU